UUUUUCUAUAAAAAGUUUAAUAUAUUUAAUUAUAGUUGUUCCUAACCAUUUAUUUGCAAUUGAUUUUCUGGUAAAGUUCCAAGGCUUCAUUAUAUUUGUGUAAAGACUUUAGUGCCUCUGAGGUGUAUUUUCAGCCAUGAUGUUUUCCAUUUUCUACAGGUUCCAGAGUUCAUCCAGUUCCUCACCGUCAAAGGAGAUCCACAAACGAGUGCAGAGAAUCCUCAGCAGCUCUGGUCCCCGCUGCAAGCUUUCCUUUGAAGUGAACGAGGAUGAAGAGAGUGAGGCGGGUUCAUGUGGGUCCACCCACCCACAACAUGGUGACAGCUGGCUGCCGCAGGACAGGCUAAUUCCUGGGGAACCAUCUGUUCAUUUAGACAACGGCACAUUUUGGAGUAACAGAGCGGCCGUCUACUCUGGGAAGCCUCACAGAGCUGUGUUUGAGGACAGUUUGAGCAAAAUCUACAAGAACCUCUACAGAAACGCUUCACAGCCAGGACACGGUGGAGAAAGCAGCUGGACACAAUGACCAAA